UGGGACCGGGCUUUCCACUACAGGUGGGGUAGCAGUGGUGCGCCUGCCACCUCUGGAGCCGGUAACGUUAGCAGUGGAGUCACCACUGUUGACGACAAUCCAACUCAGACAGGAUCCUCUUCUCCCGCACUCCACCACCAGCCUCAGUCCCAAGUGAUUGGAGCUCAAGUGAAGAAGAAGAGUGGCUUCCAGAUAACAAGUGUCACUUCAGCUCAGAUCAAUGUGAGCGGCAACAACAGUUUAGCAGAUGACACUGAGAGCUAUGAUGAUAUGGAUGAGUCACAUACAGAAGACCUCUCUUCCUCUGAUAUGCUGGAUGUUUCUGUGUCCCGGGCCACUGAUACAGGUUUGCCAGAGAGAAGCUCUUCUGAUGAGACAUUGAACAGUCUCCAUGGUGUCGACACACCUGGACUUGUGUCACCCAAUGAGCCUCUUCACCCUCAUUCUAUCCCUCAUGGGUCUCAGCAGCCCACUUCCCUGGUAAAUGGGACUGUGCAUCAUCAUCAUUAUUAUUCUCAACAGCACAGCCAGUCGCACCAUCAUCGCUCUGAUAGCUUGGGAGGAGGUGAACGAGCUGCUCUUCCCAUCACUCCCUUGGCUAGUUCCAGCCCAGCUGUGGCAUUCAAAGCCGGGCCUAGCCAGUCACAGAGGGCACCGAUUUUGGAUAACACUAAACUUGCAAGUGGGACAACACAGCUGUCAGCUCCUGUUGGUGGGACAGCCUCGGAUCCACAUCAGCAAGGCAGUGUGAACAUUUCUAAUGUGUCUGCUGUCACUGCUGCUGCAGUUCCUCCUUCUGGGCCUACUGCUUUGGAUAACACAAGUGUGAGUGGGCAAGUAACUUCUGUUGGAGGAGGAACAGGCCCGUUUGCUGCUGCCCCCAACAUUCAAACCCAGCACACUCAAACUCAGACAGCUGCUGGCUCUCGUUUUAGGGUGGUCAAACUAGACACAAACUCUGAGCCAUUCCGCAAAGGCAGAUGGACAUGUACAGAGUAUUAUGAAAAGGAGAUUGCUCAUCCACCUACAUCUGAGGCACCGAAAGGUGCAGAUGUAGCUGCCGAGACAGAGGCAGGGAACACCGGGGUUAGUACAGCUGCAGAGACAGAGGCAGGUAACACUGGGAUUAGUCCAGGCAUACCUGCUGCACAGCCACCUCACACACUGCAGCCCUAUCAACCUCCAAGCCAAGACUUCACUAGUCCACAAGCCAUCCAGAGCCCACCACAGGGACCGGCCCAAACCACUCCUCUGUCCUAUGUUUCACCCCAGGAGGUUGUUGGUGGGGCUCACAUGCAGAAACCAGUGGUGCCUGUGACACUCCUCACAGCAACACCACAGCUGACACCACAGGUUGGUGUAAGUAAGCCUCUCCCUGUAGUAGCCCAGCAAUUACCCUAUGUUGUGGAUCCCAGUCAGGCUCAGCCCCAGGUAGCAUAUCCUGCACCUCAGCUCCAUGUAGGGGUCCUGCCUUCCGGAAGUGUCCGACAGCCAGACUUCAUCCAGCCCACUGCUCCUUUCCAGACCCAGGUCCAGCCUCCACCGCCACAUGUUACAACAGGAGUCACUUUAACACCAGUGCCAGGGGUCAUGGCACAGCCACUGGUCAGCAUUACUCAGCAACUGCCCCACCCAGGUCAGGUAGCCCCACCUGCAGCAGGACAGCCACAGACCCUUCCAGCUCUAACACAGCUUCACCCACAGCCACAAGUCCAGCCCCCCUCUACUGCCACAGUCCCAGCAGCGUGCACCCAUGGAACCCCCUACAUGCCACUGACUGCACUGAAAGCUGACCUAAAGCCCAUUCUCACCCCUGGUGCAACCCUCACCCAGGUACCUGGAGGAGCAAGCUCCAUAAAACCCUCCCAGCUGGAGGAUGCCCAGAAGCUUCUGCUCCAGCACCAAGGCCUUCUUGGUUUGCCCAGACUGGGGGUGGCAGUUGGGGGAGAGGGGGCUGCAGAAGCCAGCAUUGCUGCUGGAACACUUGCCCGCAUAGGGAUGUCAGCUGAGGCCAGCGCUUUCAUGGCUGCUGCUGCUGCAGGCCUCAGGACUCAGCAUGCUGAAGGGGAGGAUGACAGGUGA